AUGGCAGCCACUGGAGGCAGAGCAGUAGGGGAAGUGGUACACCAGGAAGGAGAGGUGGCAGAGGAAGAGGCAAAUGGCAUAGAGCUAAGGCAGGACAAUGUCACUGUGCUGCCCAUGCAGCUUACCAGGCCGGCCAUUCAGGCAAUUGACUCGUAUCCAAACCAUGAGAACACAGUACCCCCUCAAACUUCUCUUCAGUUCCAAGGAUUCCGAGGGCUUAUCAAAAUCCCCCCAAACAAUUCAUCCACUGAUGUGUACAACUUUAACUUUCAAUUGUCAAAUGUAAGUAAAGGCAACCAUCAAGACCAUACCCAACAAACUGUCUCAAGCUAUAGUCCCUCGCAGCUCAAUUGCCUGCAUUUGAUGCAAGAUAAAAUGAUAGUGUAUAGAACAACAAACUCUUAUCAGAUAACACAAGUAAGAACCCAGGCAGAGGAGGAAUCCUGCAACAGAUGGAAAAAAAUUAGAAAACUAUAUGGAGAGAAAAGAAUGCCGAUUCAGAAGGCACCUCAAGCCAUUCCAGAUCCAGUGCCUGAGAGAAAAAGAACAUCUCCCCUUAACCCUGCAUACACAAUUCGAAAAUCACGAGUUCCCGACAGUGUGCACUUGCGGCCAUUUAGGGACAGGGUGAUUCACUUACUGGCAUUGAAGGACUACAAGAAACCAGAACUGCUUUUUCGACUUCACAAAGACGGCAUCCAAAAAAACGAUGAGGACUCCUUUGAAAAUAUCCUGCACCAAGUAGCCAAUCUGAAUACUCAAGAUUUUUCAUAUACCUUAAAGGAUUAUGUUUUUAAAGAACUCCAAAGAGACUGGCCUGGAUACAGUGAACUAGAAAAGCAGUCAUUGGAGUUGGUGCUUUCCAGAAGCGUAGAUCCAUUUCAGAAUGCUACUGGCAUUAAUCACCCAGAAUCUUCUAUAGGUUCUAGUACAGGUAAAACAUCAUCUCCUUCUCAGAAAUGCCUUUCCAAUUCAGCUGUUAUUGAUCCUUUAAGGAAAAAAAAAGUCAGAAUAUCUCACCUGACAGCUACAGUACAAUCAAAAUCAAAGGGUCAUUUGAAUAACAUCAGUGAAAAAUCUGCUGUGGGUCUCCCAUCAGCCUCUGCAAAUCCCAUCCUUCCACCACUGCCCACAACCCACCUUUCUGUUUCAAAUCCUCCUCAUCCUGUACAUUCCAACUGCAAUUCUUCUAGCACUGCAGAAGGACCUGGCACUCAAGACCCAGAGGUUGACAGUUUUAGUCAAAACAGUAGAAUAUUUGAGAGCCAGCAGGGUAAACAUACUUCUUUAAAAACAUUAGCCUCUAUAACAAUUCCAAUGAGGUAUCCAAAGCUCAUGAAGAAAAGACAUUUGAUGUCUGAUGAGAAGUUCAAAUAUAAAUUUAUAAAACACAGAGCAAAGAACCAAGUGUUCAGUAUUGAGGUGAUGGAGAAAUGGAAGACAGAUCCUGAAAGAAAAGGUAAAGGUGCAAAGCUGAAUUCCAGUAAGGAAGUUAAAAAGGUUUGCACUGCCUCUGGGAAGACUUGUUCAGCAUCUGGGCUCCCAGAUUAUUUGACUAACUAUGUCACUAUAGUUUCCUCUGAGCAGCGUUGGCAGUAUGAGCAGGAAUUUAGAGCGGAGUAUGAUGAAUAUCGGGACUUGUAUGCCAAGAUGCGGAAUUUAUCUAGCAUAUUUAAUAACCUAAAUUCAAAAAGGAAGCAUCUUACUCCAGGAUCAAAAGAAUAUCAGGAUAUUGAUAAAAGAAUCUCACUAGAAUAUCAGAAGAUGAAACAGGCUAAUCCCAAUUACUGUGCAGAAAAAUAUAGAUACCAGUAUCUUUAUAACAAGCUGUUUCACAUUAAAAGAUUAAUAAAGGAUUAUGACCAGCAGCAACUAGAGUCAUAG